UCACUCAAAACCUCCUCUUCCUCAUCUACUCAUCCCUCUCGAUUCUCUCAGCUCACUCCUUUCAAACUUGUUAUGCAAAGUGUCCCCCUUCUUCAUGUGGUCUCGUUCGCAAUAUUAGCUACCCUUUCCGCCUCAACACCUGUCGCGGCCCUGGCUACGAGUUAGUAUGCGAAAACAACGUCACCGUAGUUUAUCGCAACUCCCAGAAAUAUUAUGUCAAAGAAAUCGAUUACCAAAACUUCUACAUCAUGCUCUCUUAUAUUUCCACAAACACCAACAUAUGUUCUCUUCCUUCAUAUUCUCCAAAGAAUAGCUUUUUGCCUACAUUUUAUUAUUACUUGGAUUAUUUUAAUCAGCUUAUUUAUUUGGUGAGAUGCGAUCAUCCGUUGCAUAACUCUUCCCUCUUUACCCAACUUACUGAUUGUGAGAAAUCUACCAAAUACACAUACAUAAAGGUUGGGCACUUGAAUCCCAACGAUAUUGACAACAUGUGUACAAUAGUUUCUAUACUGAUAACAUCUAGCUGUUCUCAAAAUUUGAAUAAUGUAUCGCUCUUAGAAAUAUAUCAGUCUCUGCUAUAUGGAUUUGAUCUGCCUUGGUUCAGUUUUAUGUGUAGCUACUGCAAAGGAAGAAAUUGGGAUUGUUAUCCAAUUUCAGAUGGCCUAGUUGAUUGCGGUCAUUCGCAACUAGAUUAUAAAUGGGGUUACAUCCUGGACUCUUUCCGAUCACCUAUAUAAAGGUAAGAUGACGUUCAGUCUGUUAGACAAUAUAAUAGUGUAAGAUGGAUAAUCAUGAGAUACACUGCAAUCUUGGCACUGUAAAGAAGACAUAGAAGAAUGACACAAUCUCUAGAUAGGAAUAAGCAUGGCGAUCGAACAAUCAUAAGAAGAAAAGAAACAAGUGGUGAGAUAUACAUUUAUACUUCUCAACUACUUUCUUGUAUUUCUCAUUUAGGUCCAAGUGGAGGCUGUCUCCUGAUUUUAAUGCUCAUACUUGCUGUUGUUUUUGGUGGGGUAAUCAUUCCUCUAAAAAUCAUGAUCAUCAUCGCACUUGGGGCCUGUUUUUGGACUCAAACAACACCUUUUGUUAGCUUGGGAGUAAGAUUCGUUGUGGGGUUUCUCUGUGCAAUGGGGUUCCUGAUUUAUAAAUUCCGAAGAAGGCAUUGGUCUGCGUAUGAGGAAAUAGAGAGCUUCCUACAAAGUGACAACAAUCUAUCCCCUAUCAGGUACUCCUACUCAGACAUAAAGAAGAUGACUAGAAAUUUCCGAGAAAAACUAGGCGAAGGUGGUUUCUGCUCUGUUUACAAAGGAAAGCUUCAAAGUGGCCAUUACGUAACAGUCAAGCUCUUAGGAAAAACCAAAAUAAAUGACAAAGAUUUCAUCAAUGACAUUGGAACAAUUGGGAGGAUCCAUUAUGUCAACGUUGUCCAACUUGUUGGAUAUUGUGCAGAGAGAUCAAAGCGUGUCCUCAUUCUCAAUUUCAUGCCAAAUGGCUCUCUUGAAAAGUACAUAUUCAACCCAGAAAAAGCAUCUUUAUUGGAUUGGGAUAUGAAAUUCAAGAUUGCAGUUGGAGUGGCUCGAGGGAUUCAGUAUUUGCAUUGUGGUUGUGAUAUCAAGAUCUUGCAUUUUGAUAUCGAGCCUCACAAUAUACUUCUUGAUGACAAGUUUGUUCCCAAGGUGUCAGAUUUCGGGCUAGCAAAGUUAUGCUCGGUAGAAAAGGACACAGUGUUGAUGACUGCUGCAAGAGGCACUAUAGGCUAUGUUGCUCCAGAACUCAUCAAUAGAAGCAUUGGCCUAGUGUCUCACAAGGCCGAUGUAUAUAGUUUUGGAAUGUUGUUGAUGGAGAUGGCGGGCGUAAACAAAGAGUUGAGGGGAAACAAAGAUGAUUCAACCAAGUAUUUCCCAGAUUGGAUAUAUGAUUGUAUUAACAAAGGCAAGGGGAUUGUAAUUGGAGAAGCAGAGAACAACAAUAUUGAUGAUGACAAUGUGAUUGGAAAGAGUGUUCUUGAGAAGAUGACAAUAGUUGGUCUAUGGUGCAUACAAAUGAAUCCAGAUAAUCGUCCACUAAUGAACACUGUGUUGGAGAUGUUGGAAGGUUGUGUAGAUGAUUUGAAGAUUCCGGAGCAUCCAUCUCACUUAGUAUACGAGGACAAGAGUCUGGCUGCAGAUUCAUUUGGUUCUGUAUCACAGUUGGAUUAUGACAAUGGUAGUGUCAUUGAGAUUAGUAUAGCUUGAAUCUGUAUUAUCCGAUGUUGUGAUGUUUUCGCCUGAAACGGAUGGACAUCUUUAGUCAUCUCUUGCUUGUAUCAAAUUUGUUGUCCCAAUUUCCUUUUCAUUUUUAAUGUGU